AUGAAGCCAACACUCCUCGCCAUCGCCAGCUUCAUCAGCAUCGCCGCACUCGCCGCCCCCAUCCCCAUUGGCGAAUGCAUCCCCGGCUUCAGCAUCGGCUGCAAGAGGGCUGCUGCGGAUGAGCCUCAGCUCCAGCUCAGCGAGGCCAAGGCUAACCCUGAGUCUGGGUCUGACUUUGCUGCGCCUGUGGUCGAGUUUAUUGUUGACGCUGGUGUUGGGCGCGAGGUUGCAGUUGAGGUUGCAAAGAGGAGCCCGAACCCUGUUGCUAUUGGAGAGUGCAUUGAGGGGUUUAGCAUUGGGUGUAAGAGGGGGGUUGGGGUUGGGGAGAGGCAGGGGGUGGAUGAAAGGGUGGAGGUGGAGGAGAGGAGCCAUGGGGAGUGUAUUCCGGGGUUUAGUAUUGGGUGCUGA